GCUCAUCGUUUGUUGCUUAGAUAAUAUCAUGAACUGAUAAAUGCAGUUGCCACGUUGAUUCCCUAGGGCCUGGCUUACCGACUGAGGUCAUAAGAUAUUAUGCCUUCUCUUUAGACUUGGUCAGUGGAGAGGAAAUCGGCAAAGAACCAGCCUAUGGAGGUGACAACGCCUUAGGGCCAAAAGUCUUGAGGGUGAAGGUUUAGGGCCUGCGCAGCUUCCCUGCCAUGCCCUGCAAGGUCUCGCAUUCGCAAGGCUUGUGACAGUGGGAGCCUCAUUCCGGACUCUCCUAAAGUCCAUGGUGUCCUCUUUUCGCAUUUGCGCCCCGUGGGUGAUGCCCGAUGCCGCCCUUCCCAUCGCUCUCUUCCCCUUCAAGCUUAUCGCAACUGCAAAAAGACCCAGCACAGACACUCCAUUUUCUACCUUAAUGCAUUUAACUAGCACAACCUACAGGUUGUUCCAUCCCAGAGACUACCCUUUUCUCCAUAGACGUGGCCAUCAACCAACCAGCGGUCAGAAUCAGUCAGCCUCUGUCGCGUUCCCAGGUCCUUGGCGAACUGGAUGGGCGGGGUCCCAGCAGCCUAGGAGUACAGUGGAGCCAUGCCUGACGUAAGUCAACAAAGAUCACGUGAGACGAAUCAGUCGCCUCGAUUGGCUACAACUAAACUGGUUGGGAGCGGGGAGGUCGCGGCGGCUGCGUGGGGUUCGCCCGUGACACAAUUACAACUUUGUGCUGGUGCUGGCAAAGUUUGUGAUUUUAAGAAAUUCUGCUGUGCUCUCCAGCACUGCGAGCUUCUGCCUUCCCUGUAGUUUCCCAGAUGUGAUCCAGGUAGCCGAGUUCCGCUGCCCGUGCUUUGGAUGCUUUGGUCUUUGCCUCAGGUUUUUUCCUUGCAGCCGCUGAGGAGGCGAUAAAAUUGGCGUCACAGUCUCAAGCAGCGAUUGAAGGCGUCUUUUCAACUACUCGAUUAAGGUUGGGUAUCGUCGUGGGACUUGGAAAUUUGUUGUUUCCAUGAAAUCCUGCGGAGUGUCGCUCACUACCGCCGCUGUUGCCUUCGGUGAUGAGGCAAAGAAAAUGGCGGCAGGAAAAGCGAGCCGCGAGAGUGAAGAAGAGUCCCUUAGCCUGACAGUCGAGGAAAGGGAGGCGCUUGGUGGCAUGGACAGCCGUCUCUUCGGGUUCGUGAGGCUUCAUGAAGAUGGCGCCAGAACGAAGACCCUACUAGGCAAGGCUGUUCGCUGCUACGAAUCUUUAAUCUUAAAAGCUGAAGGAAAAGUGGAGUCUGACUUCUUUUGCCAAUUAGGUCACUUCAACCUCUUGUUGGAAGAUUAUUCAAAAGCAUUAUCUGCAUAUCAGAGAUAUUACAGUUUACAGGCUGACUACUGGAAGAAUGCUGCGUUUUUAUAUGGCCUUGGUUUGGUCUACUUCUACUACAAUGCAUUUCAUUGGGCAAUUAAAGCAUUUCAAGAUGUCCUUUAUGUUGACCCCAGCUUUUGUCGAGCCAAGGAAAUUCAUUUACGACUUGGGCUCAUGUUCAAAGUGAACACGGACUACAAGUCUAGUUUAAAGCAUUUUCAGUUAGCCUUGAUUGACUGUAAUCCAUGUACUUUGUCCAGUGCUGAAAUUCAAUUUCAUAUUGCCCAUUUGUAUGAAACCCAGAGGAAGUAUCAUUCUGCAAAGGAAGCAUAUGAACAACUUUUGCAGACAGAAAACCUUCCUGCACAAGUAAAAGCAACUGUAUUGCAACAGUUAGGUUGGAUGCAUCAUAAUAUGGAUCUAGUAGGAGACAAAGCCACAAAGGAAAGCUAUGCUAUUCAGUAUCUCCAAAAGUCUUUGGAGGCAGAUCCUAAUUCUGGCCAAUCGUGGUAUUUUCUUGGAAGGUGUUAUUCAAGUAUUGGGAAAGUUCAGGAUGCCUUUAUAUCUUACAGGCAAUCUAUUGAUAAAUCAGAAGCAAGUGCAGAUACAUGGUGUUCAAUAGGUGUGUUGUAUCAGCAGCAAAAUCAGCCUAUGGAUGCUUUACAGGCAUAUAUUUGUGCUGUACAAUUGGACCAUGGGCAUGCAGCAGCCUGGAUGGACCUAGGUACUCUCUAUGAAUCCUGCAGUCAACCUCAAGAUGCCAUUAAAUGCUACCUAAAUGCAGCUAGAAGCAAACGUUGUGGUAAUACCUCUACGCUUGCUGCAAGAAUUAAAUUUCUACAGGCUUAUAGAGCUCAUGAUCCAAAUACUGAACGUGUAUUAAACCACAGUCAAACACCAAUUUCACAGCAAUCCUUGUCACUACACAUGAUUACUUCUAGCCAAGUAGAAGGCCUGUCCAGUCCUGCCAAGAAGAAAAGAACAUCUAGUCCAACAAAGAAUGGUUCUGAUAACUGGAAUGGUGGCCAGAGUCUUUCACAUCAUCCAGUACAGCAAGUUUAUUCGUUUUGUUUGACACCACAGAAAUUACAGCACUUGGAACAACUGCGUGCAAAUAGAGAUAAUUUAAAUCCAGCACAGAAGCAUCAGCUGGAACAGUUAGAAAGUCAGUUUGUCUUAAUGCAGCAAAUGAGACACAAAGAAGUUGCUCAGGUACGAACUACUGGAAUUCAUAAUGGGGCGAUAGCUGAUUCAUCACUGCCUACAAACUCUGUCUCUAAUCGACAACCACAUGCUGCUCUGACCAGAGUAUCUAGCGUCUCUCAGCCUGGAGUUCGCCCUGCUUGUGUUGAAAAACUUUUGUCCAAUGGAGCUUUUUCUGCAGGCUGUAUUCCUUGUGGCACAUCAAAAAUUCUAGGAAGUACAGACACUAUCUUGCUAGGCAGUAAUUGUUUAGCAGGAAGUGAAAGUAAUGGAAAUGUGCCUUACCUGCAGCAAAAUACACACACUCUACCUCAUAAUCAUACAGACCUGAAUAGCAGCACAGAAGAGCCAUGGAGAAAACAGCUAUCUAACUCCGCUCAGGGUCUUCAUAAAAGUCAGAGUUCAUGUUUGUCAGGACCUAAUGAAGAACAACCUCUGUUUUCCACUGGGUCAGCCCAGUAUCACCAGGCAACUAGCACUGGUAUUAAGAAGUCGAAUGAACAUCUCACUCUGCCUAGUAAUUCAGUACCACAGGGGGAUGCUGACAGUCACCUCUCCUCUCAUACUGCUACCUCAGGUGGACAACAAGGCAUUAUGUUUACCAAAGAGAGCAAGCCUUCAAAAAAUAGAUCCUUGGUGCCUGAAACAAGCAGGCAUACUGGAGACACAUCUAAUGGCUGUGCUGAUGUCAAGGGACUUUCUAAUCAUGUUCAUCAGUUGAUAGCAGAUGCUGUUUCCAGUCCUAACCAUGGAGAUUCACCAAAUUUAUUAAUUGCAGACAAUCCUCAGCUCUCUGCUUUGUUGAUUGGAAAAGCCAGUGGCAAUGUGGGUACUGGAACCUGUGACAAAGUGAAUAAUAUUCACCCAGCUGUUCAUACAAAGACUGAUCAUUCUGUUGCCUCUUCACCCUCUUCAGCCAUUUCCACAGCAACACCUUCUCCUAAAUCCACUGAGCAGAGAAGCAUAAACAGUGUUACCAGCCUUAACAGUCCUCACAGUGGAUUACACACAGUCAAUGGAGAGGGGCUGGAGAACUCACAGAGCUCUACAAAAGUAGACCUGCCUUUAGUUAGCCACAGAUCUACUUCUCAGAUCAUACCAUCAAUGUCAGUGUCUAUAUGCCCCAGUUCAACAGAAGUUCUGAAAGCAUGCAGGAAUCUAGGUAAAAAUGGCUUGUCUAAUAGCUGCAUUUUGUUAGAUAAAUGUCCACCUCCAAGACCACCAACUUCACCAUACCCACCCUUGCCAAAGGACAAGUUGAAUCCACCCACACCUAGUAUUUACUUGGAAAAUAAACGUGAUGCUUUCUUUCCUCCAUUACAUCAAUUUUGUACAAAUCCAAAAAACCCUGUUACAGUAAUACGUGGCCUUGCUGGAGCUCUUAAAUUAGAUCUUGGACUUUUCUCUACCAAAACUUUGGUAGAAGCUAACAAUGAACAUAUGGUAGAAGUGAGGACACAGUUGCUGCAACCAGCAGAUGAAAACUGGGAUCCCACUGGAACAAAGAAAAUCUGGCGUUGUGAAAGCAAUAGAUCUCAUACUACAAUUGCCAAAUAUGCACAAUACCAGGCUUCCUCCUUCCAGGAAUCAUUGAGAGAAGAAAAUGAGAAGAGAACACAACACAAAGAUCAUUCAGAUAACGAAUCCACAUCUUCAGAGAAUUCUGGAAGGAGAAGGAAAGGACCUUUUAAAACCAUAAAAUUUGGGACCAACAUUGACCUCUCUGAUAACAAAAAGUGGAAGUUGCAGUUACAUGAACUGACUAAACUUCCUGCUUUUGCACGUGUGGUGUCAGCAGGAAAUCUUCUAAGCCACGUUGGGCAUACCAUUCUGGGCAUGAAUACAGUACAACUGUAUAUGAAAGUUCCAGGGAGUCGGACACCAGGUCACCAAGAAAAUAACAACUUCUGCUCUGUUAACAUAAAUAUUGGUCCAGGAGAUUGUGAAUGGUUUGUUGUACCUGAAGAUUAUUGGGGUGUUCUGAAUGACUUCUGUGAAAAAAAUAAUUUGAAUUUUUUAAUGAGUUCUUGGUGGCCCAACCUUGAAGAUCUUUAUGAAGCAAAUGUUCCUGUGUAUAGAUUUAUUCAGCGACCUGGAGAUUUGGUCUGGAUAAAUGCAGGCACUGUGCAUUGGGUUCAAGCUGUUGGCUGGUGCAAUAACAUUGCCUGGAAUGUUGGUCCACUUACAGCCUGCCAGUAUAAAUUGGCAGUGGAACGGUACGAAUGGAACAAAUUGAAAAGUGUGAAGUCACCAGUACCCAUGGUGCAUCUUUCCUGGAAUAUGGCACGAAAUAUCAAAGUCUCAGACCCAAAGCUUUUUGAAAUGAUUAAGUAUUGUCUUUUGAAAAUUCUGAAGCAAUGUCAGACAUUGAGAGAAGCUCUUGUUGCAGCAGGAAAAGAGGUUAUAUGGCAUGGGCGGACAAAUGAUGAACCAGCUCAUUACUGUAGCAUUUGUGAGGUGGAGGUUUUUAAUCUGCUUUUUGUCACUAAUGAAAGCAAUACUCAAAAAACCUACAUAGUACAUUGCCAAGAUUGUGCACGAAAAACAAGCAGAAGUUUGGAAAAUUUUGUGGUGCUCGAACAGUACAAAAUGGAGGACCUAAUCCAAGUUUAUGAUCAAUUUACACUAGCUCUUUCAUUAUCAUCCUCAUCUUGAUAUAGUUCCAUGAAUAUUAAAUGAGAUUAUUUCUGCUCUUCAGGAAAUUUCUGCACCACUGGUUUUGUAGCUGUUUCAUAAAACUGUUGACUAAAAGCUAUGUCUAUGCAACCUUCCAAGAAUAGUAUGUCAAGCAACUGGACACAGUGCUGCCUCUGCUUCAGGACUUAACAUGCUGAUCCAGCUGUACUUCAGAAAAAUAAUAUUAAUCAUAUGUUUUGUGUACGUAUGACAAAACUGUCAAAGUGACACAGAAUACUGACUUGAAGAUAGCCUUUUUUAUGUUUCUCUAUUUCUGGGCUGAUGAAUUAAUAUUCAUUUGUAUUUUAACCCUGCAGAAUUUUCCUUAGUUAAAAACACUUUCCUAGCUGGUCAUUUCUUCAUAAGAUAGCAAAUUUAAAUCUCUCCUCGAUCAGCUUUUAAAAAAUGUGUACUAUUAUCUGAGGAAGUUUUUUACUGCUUUAUGUUUUUGUGUGUUUUGAGGCCAUGAUGAUUACAUUUGUGGUUCCAAAAUAAUUUUUUUAAAUAUUAAUAGCCCAUAUACAAAGAUAAUGGAUUGCACAUAGACAAAGAAAUAAACUUCAGAUUUGUGAUUUUUGUUUCUAAUCUUGAUACAGAUUUACACUAUUUAUAAAUACAUAUUUAUUGCCUGAAAAUAUUUGUGAAUGGAAUGUUGUUUUUUUCCAGACGUAACUGCCAUUAAAUACUAAGGAGUUCUGUAGUUUUAAACACUACUCCUGUUACAUUUUAUAUGUGUAAAUAAAACUGCUUAGUAUUAUACAGAAAUUUUUAUUAAAAUUGUUAAAUGUUUAAAGGGUUUCCCAAUGUUUGAGUUUAAAAAAGACUUUCUGAAAAAAUCCACUUUUUGUUCAUUUUCAAACCUAAUGAUUAUAUGUAUUUUAUAUGUGUAUGUGUACACACAUGUAUAAUAUAUACAGAAACCUCGAUAUAUAAUUGUAUAGAUUUUAAAAGUUUUAUUUUUUACAUCUAUGGUAGUUUUUGAGGUGCCUAUUAUAAAGUAUUACUCACAGAAGUUUGCUGUUUUUAAAGUAAAUGUCUUUUAGUGUGAUUUAUUAAGUUGUAGUCACCAUAGUGAUAGCCCAUAAAUAAUUGCUGGCAAAUUGUAUUUUAUAAUAGUAGAAAACAUAUAGUCAGUGAAGUAAAUAUUUUAAAGGAAACAUUAUAUAGAUUUGAUAAAUGUUGUUUAUAAUUAAGAGUUUCUUAUGGGAAAGAGAUUCAGAAUGAUAACCUCUUUUAGAGAACAAAUAAGUGACUUAUUUUUUUAAAGCUAGAUGACUUUGAAAUGCUGUACUGUCCUGCUUGUACAACGUGGUUUGGGGUGAAGGGGAGGAAAGUAUUAAAAAAUCUAUAUCGCUAGUAAAUUGUAAUAAGUUCGAUUAAAACUUGUAUUUCAUAUGAAAAACUUGCUAAUUUAAUAUUACCUCAUUUGAUAAUAA